AGACGGCCCCAUUCGGGCACCAAUAGUGGCCAUCAUCUCAUGGUCUGUGUGUCAACUGUCAUUCAACGGGAGACGGUUUUGCCCACCAGUCAGCCUCACGAAAUAAUACGACCCGCCAUCUUGCUGCUGCCCGGCCCGUCUGGACGGCUUUGUCGAGGCGAUCGCUCCAGGUGUCAGGAUUGUCGCACGCGCCGACAGCCUACCAAAGCGAGCCAGCCGAGCGCCACUGGACUCAUCACAUUUCCACCGGUCUGGAACCUCCACAACCUCCUUUUUGUGAUCACUGCCGUGCCGGAGAUGCUCGGCGCAGGACCGUGAGCAGGGAUGCGAAGUGGAGAAGAUCGUACCGACAGUUCUGUCGGUGGAUGGAGGAGUCGUUCUGACGUACAG